AACAACUAAUAAUGACAACAACACUACAAGGACAAACAACCGAUAGGCUUUAUAACUGACACGUUUGUGUGAAGGUGAAUUUUAAUCCUUUAGCACGGCUAAAAGAAAGCUUUGCUAGCUCCGCCGUUUGUUUUUGUUUACAUAACAUCUCCUCGAGCAACAGGACAAAAACAAAUCCCAUGUAACCCCCGAAUAUCAGCGUGUAGUGUGGCGAAUACACCAGCUUUGUGUUUAUGACCUGCUGUAAGGACGUUAGUGAUGUCCUCAUGUCAAUGCUCAUGUCUCUCUCUGAUCAGAAUCAGAAUCAGAAGGAGCUUUAGUGUGAGUACAAAGAAUUAGUUUUAGUGCCACAGGCUUCAGUAACACACAGACAAUCAAAACAAGGCUCCAUCAUCAAGAGAAAGGACUAGCAUGGCGGACUCUCAAGGCCACUCCAGCGUUCCAAAUGGUGGCGCUGAUGAUCCAGAACCAGAAGAGGGAAGAGGCAGUAAAGAAGACUCGGCCUCAGCUACAGACGAUCAGAUACGUCCUGAUUCAGAAUCGAGCCCACAGCAGGAGCAGCCAGCUGCAGAAGAGGGAGAGGAAGAAGAGGAAGAGGACACCGACAGUAUGGACGGCAGCCUUACGUACUCUUUUGUGGAGGAGGAAAACAAACACGACGGCGAGGGCGGCGGGCGAAGAGAGCGAGCAAAGAAAGACGAGAGCAGGAGAGCAGGCCGGAAGCGGAACCGACCUACGUCACGCCACUCCUCCAGCUCAGACGAUGACGAUGACGACGACGAUGAUGAUGAUGACGACGAUAGAGAAGAUGAGGAGGAGAAUGAAAAGGAAGAAGAGGAAGACAUGGAGGCCUGGCUUGGGGCAGAGGUAAAGGAAAUGGGAGGGCUUAAAUGGCGUGCGGUGCCAUCUCUGCGGGCACGGGAGAUCGGGAAGAACUCGUCUCAGUUUGCGCGGAGCGUUUGUGGCUCUCGAGGCCUGGUGCAGCGUUUGGAGCUGCAGGCUCGGCUGGAGCGGCACAGCGGCUGCGUCAACACGCUCCACUUUAACCCCUCUGGGACUCGCCUCGCCUCGGGGAGCGAUGACCUGCGUGUGGUCAUCUGGGACUGGGCAAGACGCCGCACAGUGCUUGAGUUUGACAGCGGACACAAGAGCAACGUCUUUCAGGCAAAGUUUCUCCCUCACAGCGGCGACUCCACACUGGCCAUGUGUGCCCGCGACGGGCAGGUCAGAAUAGCCGAGCUGUCGGCCACGCAGCGCUGCAAAAGCACAAAACGAGUGGCUCAGCACAAAGGUGCUGCACACAAGCUGGCUCUAGAGCCUGAUUCACCCUGCUGUUUCCUCUCCACUGGAGAAGAUGCUGUUGUUUACAGUGUUGACCUGCGGAUCGAUCGACCUGCCAACAAACUGGUGGUCGUGAAGGAAAGCGACAAGAAGGUGGGUUUGUACACCAUCUACGUGAAUCCGGCCAACACGCAUCACUUCGCCGUCGGAGGAAGAGAUCAAUACUUAAGGAUCUACGAUCAGAGGAAGAUCAACGAAAACGACAACAACGGUGUUUUGAAGAAGUUCUGUCCAUCUCACCUGGUGUCCAGCGAAUCCAAAACAAACAUCACCUGCUUAGUGUACAGCCAUGACGGCUCAGAGCUGCUUGCUAGUUAUAACGACGAAGACAUUUAUCUGUUCGACUCGAGCCAUAGCGACGGCGCAGAUUAUCGCCGGAGAUACAAAGGACAUCGCAACAACGCCACAGUGAAGGGUGUGAACUUCUACGGGCCGUGCAGCGAGUACGUAGUGAGCGGAAGCGACUGCGGACACAUUUACCUGUGGGACAAACACUCUGCCCGUGUGGUGCAGUUCAUGGAGGGCGACAGAGGCGGAGUGGUGAAUUGUUUAGAGCCCCACCCUCACCUGCCUGGUCUGGCCACCAGUGGCCUGGAUCACGAUGUAAAACUUUGGGCUCCGACCGCAGAGAACCCCACCACCCUGAAAGGCCUCAAAGAGGUGAUGAAGAAGAAUAAGCGCGAGCGUGACGAGGACAGCGCCCGGCACGGCGAGCAGUAUGACACGCAGCUCCUCUGGUUCCUCAUGAGACACAUGAGGAACCGCAGAUCUCUCCGAACUCAGAGCCGACACGGCGAAGGCGGAGACGGAGACACCGACACGGAAUUCUGGAGCACGCCGGAAUCUUCCGACGACGAUGACGGUGGUCCUGACCACGUCCAGUGCAUGUCAUCCUGAGCCGACCCCUCGCCCCUACACACACACGCGCACACACACCCUCACACAGUUGCCAUGUAUUCGAGCACAUACACAGUCCUUAUGCACUGACACACACUGCGAGUACAGUGCCAGCAACACACACACACACACACACACACACACACAGAACGUGAGGCAGAGAUGAAAAGAAUUUGUCAUCCCCCCCCCUACACACACAUACAUGCAGAUUUCAGCUCGUUAACACUCACUUUCUCUCCCACACACACACACACACACACAGUGUUUCCACAGAAGCAGCUUCACUUUACACACUGGAGCGGUCGAGGACAAUUAAGGCUUUUUGCUGACAUCGUGGACCCCGACGGAGGAGCGUCCAGCGAUGAUGACGUUUGACUGUGCGCUUCUUUUUUUCCCCGAAGAGCCUCCAUCACCACGUAGUGUUUCAAUCGGACACGGAAAAGAACAGCCGUCCCAGCAUCCCGUCUUUCCUUGUGUUUUUCUCUACUGAGGACAGAACUCCGCAAAUCCAAGCGUUUAACGGGUUUGCCGGCCGCUCUGUGGAUUCCUCGGGCUCGAUCCCGGUGACUCCCUCUCUAUUGGACGCUUAAUGGGAGUGUAGAAGCCAUGUUUAAUCCCCUGAGUAGUGCACUUAGCGAAUCCCACACGUAAUAGUUUCUACACCAUGUAGGAGCCGCACGCAGCCAGCGAGGAUCACGUCUCGAGUCCGUAACGUAUGCUUUGUAGCGCGCUUGCUUACCUACAGAGCCAAUUCAGAACCGAUGGGACGAACCACACCCUAUGUAGUGCGCCAUGAUGAGCAUUCAUGUAGCUAGUGUUGGAUCACAAAUGGUUAAAGUGGUGCACUACUGUGGGUGUGAGCGCACACACAUAUUGGGUUGUUUUUGUUUCCCUAACAGGUUUAUGAGCUGUAUCCCAAAUCAACAUCUCUGUAGUUUGUAGUGCACUAAAUAUCAUGUUGCGCCCAAUGUAAGCAGUGCACUAAUAUGCUGACGUGACGGUUUCCUUUGUCCAGGCCCUUGUGAACGUUUUGGCUUUGUUAUCCAUCACCCUACACAGUCCACUCAUGAAGCCGGUAUAGAGCUGAACCCUAACUGGAUCUGUAGUGCACUAAAUAGGGCACAAAGGCUUUAUUUCCUGCUCAGUGUAGUGCACUUGUGUGUAGGUUCCUUGUUUGUUUUGUUUCUUCCUUUCAGAGACACGGUGCACUACUUACGGUGACUACGUAGUGUCGUUAUUUUCUAUCUUAUGUAACGUCCCUGAGCCACGCGGGAGCUGAAAGACGCACCAAUAACUAACACCGCAGCGCAUCACACAGGGCCGAGGAGCCGACGGUCGUAUGAACUAGAGAUGCAUUUGGAGAUGAACCCGUUUCUCAGCAGGACAAAGCAAACCGGCCUCGUCCCAAUCCUACGUCUCGUUCCCCUCCACCUCCCCCACGCUUAGUGAGUGCACUUUAAUCAGGGAGCUGUUCAUUUUUGAGUCUCGAAAUACGAGUGUGCACUUAAGGCUUUCAAUACCUAACAGGUUUAAACACCCCCCCCCCCUUUUCUUUUUUUCUUUUCUUUACCACACUCGUGUUUUUUUUCCUCUCCAUCCAACUGGGGAUUAAAGAUUUAAAGAUUUGGUACAAAAUAUAUUUGCACUUGAAUGGAAAAAUACGGAUGAGCAGCUCUUAAAAAGCGGCGUUAUUCCUUAAAAAAAAAAGAAAGAAACAAAAAAAAAAAGCUCUGCAUUAACACACCCCUUCUUCCUUUUUGAAGUGUGCAUGCGAGAAUGAUUGUAGCACAGCCAUCGUUCUAUUUGGGACGGAGCCCGUCGCUGAUCGCUUUUUGUUUUGCGUCGUUUAAUAAAAAUUUCAUAUCUUUCAAGUUGUGACUGUUUCAUGGCAGAUUACGACAGUGUGACGUACCGGACCGGGUUGGUUCUCGUACAGAGCGAGUCGUAAACGUCGGCAGUGACGUCACCACGGACUCGAGAACCGCCGUCCUUUUUAUUUCCCUCAAUCUAACGGCGGGUUUUGAGGAAAGUGGCGAUCUGCAUGUCGUCCGUCUCGUCCUACAGGGCUGGGUACAAAAUAGCAGAUUAUCUGGUGUACCAUUUUGACAGAACGUUUCAGUAGCUAUCGUGCUAUUUCGGACGCAGCCCAGGGGUCGGGGAUGAGGAGGGGGGGGGGUGUCUGGAUGUUAUCUUGAUUUUCUUUUCACCAGGGGAAUGAACAGUUUUUUGCUUCUUUUUUUUUUGUAUGGGGAAUAAUAAGUGAAAUUACUUUGUAUGUACAUAUGAAUAUAUAAUUACAUAUACAUACAUAUAUAUAAAAACUACACUUCCAUCACCGUCAUCCGAAUUUGAUUCAGAGAUUUAUAUUAUAUACAGAAACGGAUUUAAAAAGAAAAAGAGAUUUUUUUUUCCCCCUUUUCUUCUCUGAUUGAAUCCCUUAAGUCACGAGCAUCACUUAUAAACAUCUAGAUUUUUUUUUUUGCUUUAUUUCUUUGAAAAAUCCUCUAAUGUCAAGAGCAUCACUUUUUUCUCUCUCAAAUUUUAAGUUAUUCUUUCUUUAUUAUUAUUAUUUUAUUGCAUUUCUUGAACUCACCCUUCACCCCUUUCCCCUAACAGCUUUAUCGUGUAAUUUAAACAGUUUUGUUGCUUUUUUUUUUCUUCCUAGGUUUUUUUUUUUUUUUGAUUGACUUAUUGCACUGCUGCCUAAUAACUGUUAUUGGUUCAGUUGACAAAAGGUGUACAACUUGUGCACUUGUACACACACAAAAAAAAGAGAGAAGGCUGUUUAUGAA